AUGCUCGCCCCGUCGCGCGCGUCCAAGCGGCGACGACGAUGGACGUCGAUCCUUCUCGUCCUCGCCUUCGUCUCCAUCGCGCUCGGCGCUCGAAGACGACGUCUCGACGAUCGUCGCGCGACGCCGAGCGGUGAUGAUGACGCGACGGUGAUUCAAACCCCCCGUCGCCCCGAAGCGGUCGCCGCGCGCGACGGCGUGGACGCGCGCUCGGCGGCGCACAUCGGCGGUCGCGCGCGCGACGAGCGCGACGCGAACGGCGCGACGGCGUCGAGCGCGGCGGCCGCGGCGACGCGCGCCGGGGCGACGCCGAACGCGAGCGUGGUCGUCGUGACGUUCGCGAACGCGCGCGUGGGCGACGCCGUGGUGAAUUGGGUGCGACACAUACGUGCGUUGCGCUCGAGCGCGCUCACGGGCGUCGUCGCGGCGCUGGACGAGGGGGCGUCGACGCGCGCGCGGGCGCUGGGCGUCGCGACGUACGCGGCGACGCACGACGAUCUCGAUCACGACGCGUCGCACGCGAGUGCGAAUUGGCGCGCGUUCUGCGCGAUGAUGGUCGGGGAACUCGUGCGGGUGGUCGAGGCGGGAUUUCACGUCGCGCUGUCGGAUGUGGACGUCGCGUGGACGCGCGACCCGACGGCGUACUUUUUGUGCGAACGCGACGUCGACGGGUGCGAGGAGAUUAAAGACGCGGACGUGAUGAUCAGUAGCGAUAAUUUGAGUCCGACCACGGAUUGGGGACGUGGGGCGCGGUACGCGCGCGGGGGGGUGUUCAACACGGGCGUGGUGUACGUGAAGAGCUCGGCGCGCGGCGCGGCGUUCUUACGAGAAUGGCGCGAGCACUUAUUGGCGACGACGGGACCGUACGCCGCGCUCACGAGCCAUCAGCAGGUGUUCAAUAAGAUGGUGCGCGAACACAACGCGUGGCCCGGGAUCGACGUCGCCGAGGGCGCGCCCGAGAGGACGAGAGUGUUGGAGUCGGGCGCGCCGCUCUCGACGGGGUUGAAAAUCAAAAUAGGCGCGUUGCCAUUGAAACUCUUCGCGAACGGGCACGGAUAUUUCGUCCAGGGCGCGAACGCGCGAGGUGGUGAUCGUGAAGACGAUCGUCUUCGCCCCUACGCCGUGCACGCGACGUACACGUUCGACGGGAGCGGGAACGACGCCAAGCGGUAUCGAUUCAAAGAGGCUGGUUUGUGGAUGGGAGACGACGACGACGCGGCGACGGAGACGACGUAUCUCACGUUUGACUUUCCAAACGUGGACGUGAACUCGACGGAGCCGAACAUCGGGGAUCACGUGAAAGUCGCGCGGGCGAACGUUCGCGCGUUGAUAAAGGCGUUCGCGUACGCCGUCGCCCUCAACCGCACGCUCGCGAUUCCCCCGUCGCCGUGUCGCUGCGACAAGGUGUGGGGCGGGCACGACAACGUGUUCAAGGCGAAGUGUCGAUACCCCGGCGCGGAUUCGGAGAACUAUCUACCGGGCGUGUGUCCGCUCGAUCACUUUGUGUCGCCUCGAAAAAUCAAAGCCGCCGGCGGGGAUUUCGUCCCGCUCGCGAGCGUCCCCCCGGACGCGGCGCGCGCCGGGACGCGCGUCGAUUGGAACGCGACCGACCGCACGAUUGACGCCAUCGCUCGGUUCGACGCUCCCGUGGUCUCUCUCGGGUCCAUCGACGCCGCGCCCGAGCUCGACGUCGACGCCAUCCGCGACCGCUCCGCGCGCGCGCGCGCGCUCGCGGUGCGCCGCGCCGCGUCCACCCCCGAGCCCUGGUGCGCCGAGUGUUUACCCGACAAGUGCGCGCGAUGGAUCCCCGCCCACGUCCUCGCCCUCGGCGCGGUCUUCCCAGCGCGCGGCGGCGCGCAGGAGAUGUGGUGCGUCGAUUUCACAUUGUAA